AUGGAAGGACAGCUUCUGUGGGUGCUUGCACUGUCCCUGCCUAGACGUGGUCAAGCCCGAUGUGAACAAACGCAUAACCAGCUGAUCGAAUCGAAAGGCGGGGAAGAAGCCAGUCCUGUGAUGCAUGGCUGUUUGACGCUGAUCGAUUACACCUGGAAGGAGAGCGACGACAGUGAGUGCACCUCACCGAGGCAUCACCAAGGUGUUCACUCAAAGCGUCGGCUGGAGCGCAACGCUAUCCAGCUCCAACGAGCAGCCACACUGGCUACAUGCGAAGAUCGUAGUAAGCACCUGGGCAAAUAUGGUAGAAAGGUGACUAGUCCAACAGGGAGGGCAAGAGUUAGGCGCACUCUCACCGUAGCCGACGUCUAUCCGCCUAGGCAGGCACCGACUUACGCGUCAUGGGUACGCAUGCACAGGCCCGAAUUUGCUUCAGUUUGGUAUCCCUUUGUUCAUUGUCGAUACAGGCUUCAAAGGGAUCCAAAUACGGGGGCUAUACAAUGGAAUUUGGAUCCAAACACAUUGUUUUGUACGCCUCGAACCUUAACAGAGAUUUGUAUUGCUUACCUGAUUCGUGACUGGCCUUGUGGUUUGCCGUUGCGUGGUCAGCAGACGGUCUGUCCGGGACCAGUGGACUCCGAGCUCAAGGACACCCUGUCUACCUCACGUUCCGACUACAAGCACCUCUCUGUUAAUCUUUUUGAGAAGCUUCUUACCGAGGCAAUUGUACAACGUGACUGUGCGGCCAUUUCUGGUCUCAUUGCAAACUGGCCCGGGGCCUACUUGAACGUUCGAAGGAUUUUACCAAAGGAGGACUUUCCUCUAACUCGAGGCUAUCUCACAAAGCCCGUCUUUGUUACUUCAAAUUUCGAUUCCUUUGGUUCCAUCUCAAAUAGUGUUCUCAAAGGGCCAAGUCUCUUGGAUGCCUUUAUCAUUGGAGUACUGUCUAGACAUCCAAAUUGUGCACUUCAAGUGAUUGACGUCAACGGUUUUGAAGAAGAUCGGCGAGUGAGUAUCGAGUUGUCGAGGCUACCACUGCUCUGGAUGAGUCCGGAGCGACGCGGCUCAGAGGACGUGCGACAGCAAAUUCGUGCCAGUUUGCAGCUGGCCAUUCAAGAUCAACGCUUUGACCGAUACUUUUCGCGAAUUUCUACCAUUUACAACCUUCAUGAGGGUAAUUUUCAUCAUGAGCAAAAUUUCGUCGAUGAGGUGGCGUUUGGUCUAGCUCUGCAGUCAAUGACGCCCUUUCGCUUUUCGUGCAAUCGUCUGCUCAUGCGACGCUUGCCGGAGCUUCAACUUCCCGUCUUCAAUCUCAUUCGAUUACUCGAUCCUCUGUCAAUAACACAGUUUGAGUUGGAGGAUCCGGAACUUGGCGCCGGUUCGAUGGGAGGCCUGCCCUCUGCGCUCGGGUGGUUAGCAAGCCUUCGCAAUCUCCGAGCCUGUUCACUCCCUGCAUGCAUUCCUCCGCCACUUAACGCCGCCAACUCUGCCGCCUCAUCAUCCCUCGCUGUUGCCUCCAAACCUCCAAAUUUGGGAGCCUGUCGCUUGCUCAAUCGGUCACUCAUCUCUUUACGCCACUUACAACGCCUUAGUCUGGCUCGAUGCUAUCUUCAGGGACAACUCCAGCUUCUCCUCGGGGCACUCAACCAGCCACUGGAAUACCUUAACCUACAGGAUUGCUGCCUCUGCGUAGAAGACGUUGAAUUUCUUGCCUUCAACUGGCGUCCUCUGUCUGGUCUCUAUGAGCUCAACAUAUCUCGAAACAAUCUCGCGCGUGUUCCCGAGGCAACACUCGCUCAGAUCUUUUGGAAAACGUGCUUCAGUCACAUUGGCCACCUCACUUGUCUCUCUCUCGCCUACACAUGCCUCUCUUUUGAUCGCCUGCUAUGGAUUCUCCGCCUAUUUGCUAAAGAAAUUAAAGUCUCCGAUAUGUCUACCAGAAACGUGUCGGUGACAGGACAAAACUGCCCACUUUCCUCUGACGAUUCAGAUGUCGAAUGUCUCGCCUCGAGAUGUACACUUCGAGUCCUUUGCAUCCAAAACUUUAUUCCGCCUUCGACAGAAACUAGUCACAGUCUACUGCAUUUAGCCAUCAGUUUACCAAGGCUUCGACUUCUCCAACUCUUUCCAGCAUUCUACGCUUUCCCAGGAGUAAGUGAAAAGGAGCAACAGGACAACAGGACCCAGGCCAUUCUACAAAGCAAUGCCUACGUAAGACGUCGAGGUCGCAGAGGCAUUGAGAUUCGAAGGGAGUUCGAGUCCCGGGCCGAAAAACUGAUCUUUAUUCGAAAAUGGAUUGAAAACGACCUACCAUCAGUAUUCUCGCGGGGUAUUUUCGAUACGAUUGAUUUAUUCUGUCCUGAAACAGUUUUGGAGAUCGAGAGGGCUAAUUGUCAACCUUUGUUUUUUAGAGGUUCAUCACAAGCCAACUGCGUACUAGCACUUGCACGUUCCUACUUUGUGGCAGUCUCCUCCGCUCGGAAGAUUGAAGUGCUCAGUGUUGAGGUGGACCAUACUCGUUGGCAAGUGGAGGCCAACUUUCGCGUCGUUCUUCUGCCUUCUCCUACCAGAGAGGAGCGCCAUCUCCCUCCUGACCAACUCAUACAUCGCCUAGAAGCUAGAGCCAAGUGGCUUGACUUUCGUGUCAUCUUCUACAUCAACAAGAAGGGUGAUUUGACGCAAGUGAAGAUAACGCGGAUGAAUCGGCGGCGUAAAAACCUUUUUGGACUGUCUAUUCAAAAGCUGCGACUAGCUAAUGACAUCAUCCCCAUGACAACCGACUCCGCUUUCCAGCUACAAGACCCAUUGGCAAAGCUUGAAUCGAUUUUUGAAGAGCAGUCCGAUUACGGUGGUUUGCUGAUCAGAUUCUAUCUACACUCCUUGGAAAGUAGUGGGGACGCGGCCAUCUUGCAAUUAAUCAAACUGGCUAAUUCAAAGGCUGUCCCAUCUCCAAGGUCUUUGCCCCACACCAGCUCCCCCGAGGUCCCGAUCCUGAGUAUCCGCCCCUUCACUUUAGACACUGUUUUCACACUCUUGAGAGCUCCAAGUUUGAUUUCCUAA